AUGUCUGAGCAUGCGCAUUCAAAGCAUGAGGAGAAAUUGAUACAGGACAUUGAGAGCAGGGACCCCCAAUUCAGGGAGGCACAAAUGUUUGUUUGCUUCUUCGAUACGUCCCGCAUCCUUGAUGCACAUAUAUUUGAUCCUACGCACCGGUAUUGGUCCACUUUCACACUCGAAUGCUCCGUUGACAGCACUAGUGGCAGUGCGUGCGAGAUUUGUGUACGUGCGUUGGAUCCUGAUUUGGGCUGUUACUUGCUCGCUCACUAUGGCUCCUGCUCUUGGAAUUCGAGCGGUAUAUUUCUAGAAGCAGCCUGUGUUGAAGGUGGCAGCAAGUCUUCGCGAUCUCAUUUGUAG